UGAACCAAAAAACAAAGUUUUCGGAAAAUUAAUAGGGGCGACCGUGAGUAUUCGUUGUAACAAAGAUUGUUAAAAUUUUCACUGCACGGGUGUUAGAUCCGAUCUGAAACCGAUCUUCUAGCGAUGGACUUAGCUGAACUUUGGGCGAUUUUCGGGCCGGGUUUCUCCGGCGCUGUUUUCGGCACCGGCUGGUGGUUUUGGGUCGAUGCCGUCGUGUGCAGCUCCAUCCAAGUUCCAUUCCUCCACUACCUUCCGGGCAUAUUCGCCUCUCUCGGAGCAUUGAUGUUCAAUUGCGUCAGAAAAGAAGAUAUCGAUUACUCUCCUUAUGACGAAGGCGAAUGGAGGUUGAAGCUAUGGCUUUUCAUAGCGUAUGUCGUGGCGUUUGUUUCCCUAGCUGCUUCUGUUGGUUUGCUGAUUCAAGAUUCGGUCGUCAAAACUGGGCCUUCCACCUGGACUGGUGUCGCCGGUAUCUUUCAAUGUGUAUUUGUAUUGAUAAGUGGGCUAAUGUAUUGGACAUCACACUCCGAGUAAGUAGACUCGCAGGCAAAUACUUACUCCAACGCAGAUACAUGUGGUGACAACUUAAGAAUGCCUCUCGUUUCUUCUUCUCUGUAAAUUCUUGUGUCUUGUCUGGUCAAGCUUUGUGUUGUGUGCUAGAUUCCUCCAUUGCAGUGGUGUGUGUUUGUUUUAAACUUUGUCGUUCCAAGCUUGGUUUAAGUCGUAGCUUCCUAUGCAGAGGAUGGAUAGAAAAAAAUCUUCAACUUUGUGUGAAAGUUAUUGAACGCCUUGUCGAGUGCUCCGUCUCUUAAUUGCAUUCGCGUGAAAGAUUGGCAACAUUUACCUUGUAUUUUGAUUAAAAUUGUCGCAACAGCUUCAGGCCAAA